AUGCGCGUAGUUGGAGGUCGGACCAUAGAGGAUGUAGCGCCGAUGUUCCCAUCUUAGCUACAUUGUAUCCAGACAGGAGAAGCGAGCAGACCCGUCCAUAUUACAGCCGCUGUUUCAGCAGGAGCGGUUUCCGUGGCGAUGGACCCUCCCGGCGGGCGAGACGAGCGCGUGCAGCAGCAGGAGCGGCUGCAGCGGGAGGAGGCCUACUACCACUUCAUCAACAGCCUGAGUGAGGAGGAGUACCGGCUCAUGAGGGACAGCAACCUGCUGGGCACGCCAGGUGAAGUGACGGCCGAGGAGCUGCGGCAGCGUCUGGACGGAGCAAAGGAGCGUCUGCUCACCCAGCCGCGGCAGGAGCCCCGCCCCGAGCCCCACCCACAGGCCAGCGAGGCGGGAGAGGAGGACGGAGGCAGCGGAAGCGUGGAGGCGGGAGGGGAGGCGUCGAACGGCGACUCCCUGCUGGAGUGGCUGAACACGUUCCGGCGCACGGGCAACGCCACGCGCAGCGGGCAGAGCGGGAACCAGACGUGGCGUGCCGUCAGCCGCACCAACCCCAACAGCGGCGAGUUCCGCUUCAGCCUGGAGAUCAACAUCAACCACGAGCAGCCGGAGCCAGGCGACCUGGGCGAGCCGCCGGCCGGGCGGGCCCCGCAGGGCAGGAGGGCGGGGGCCCGGCGCGCCCGCAGCACCGCCCCGCCCUCGGCCCCGCCCCCAGCCUCGCCUGCUGCGCCCGAGCACGCCACCGGCCUCAGGAGGGUCAUUGCGCUGGAGCAGUCGGCCUCCGCCACCCCGCCCCGGCCCCCGAGUGCGGAGGAGGGUGAGGACUGCCCCCCCGCGCCGCCCCCGCCCGGCCCGCACAGGGCGGCCCGCGAUUCACGCAGCAGCAGGACUCGAUCGCGGGGGCGGGGCCCCCGGAUGGCGGGGGGGCACCGCCGGUCGUCGCGCCGGAGCCGCUCCCCGCUGCAUAGACCGCCCACCCCCAGCACCAGCCACGCCCACACUGUCGCCAUGGAGACGGCACCGCCGGCGACCGAGCCGCCCCCCUCGGCUGAGCCGGCAGCAGAGGCGGAGCCGCAGGCGGGCGGUGCCGGGGGCGGAGUCCGCCGCCACCCCACCAUCAUGCUGGACCUGCAGGUGCGGCGGAUCCGUCCCGGAGAGAACCGCGACCGCGACAGCAUCGCCAGCCGCACGCGCUCCCGCGUACGCACAGCCGAGAACACCGUCACCUUCGAAAGCGACAGUGGCGGCUUCCGCCGCACCAUCUCGCGCUCGGAGCGCGCCGGCAUCCGCACCUACGUCAGCACCAUCCGCAUCCCGCUUCGCCGCAUCUCGGAGACCGGCCUGGGCGAGCCCAGCUCCACCGCGCUGCGCUCCAUCCUGCGGCAGAUCAUGACCGGCUUCGGCGAGCUCAGCUCCCUCAUGGAGACCGAGGCCGACCCCGAGGCCGGCGCCCACACCGCCGACGACCCCGCCCAGGAGCCGCCCGAGCGCCGGCCCGCAGACGGGGAGGGGCCCGGGGCCGGCGAGGACGAGCGGGCGCGCGUGGGCGGGGCCCCGGGGGAGGGGCGGGCCCCCAGCAGGGACACCAACAACCUGGUGGAGAACGGUACUCUGCCCAUCCUGCGUCUGGCGCACUUCUUCCUCCUGAACGACGAGGAGGACGAGGAGCACCCCCACGGCCUGACCAAAGAGCAGAUCGACAAUCUGUCCACUCGCACCUACGGCCAGGCCAGCCUGGAGGCGGAGCUGGGCCGCACCUGCAGCGUCUGCAUCAACGAGUACGCCCAGGGCAACAAGCUGCGGCGGCUGCCCUGCGCGCACGAGUUCCACAUCCACUGCAUCGACCGCUGGCUGUCCGAGAACAACACCUGCCCCAUCUGCAGACAGCCCAUCCUGCCCGCCCACCAGGACUGACCCCGCCCACCAGGACUGACCCCGCCCACCAGGACUGACCCCGCCCGGGGGGCGUGGCCUCUGUACAUACCGCUCUCUUUUAACUCUAUCACUCCCCCUGCGUCGGGCGGAAGGCGGAACCAAAAACAGACGCGGGAGGAGAGACAAACGCAUAAGGCAAAGCGACAGCUUUAUAUUUUAGACCCUCCUGUUCCCCAGUUUGAGCACAGCACUUUGUUCCACGAUUGCUUCUGAAGUUCUGAGUGGGAAAGAGGACGAAAGCAUCCGCAUCUCAGCCUCACAGCCGCUUCUCUCCGAAAGACGCCUUUUCAGCCAAAUCCAUGUAACUCCUGUGGACUCAGAGGUCUGACAGUAACGUGUAAAUACAUAUCACUGCCAAUGGGACACAAAACGUCAGCACUUUGCGUUAGAACGUGGAAAAGCUAUUAUUAUAGAGCAUCUUAAAAGAAAAUCAAAAGAGGCUUUUAAUUUGGUUUUAUUUCUGCAGAUUCGGAGGGUGUGGCCCUGUCCGCGUCACCGGGAUUUUACGCUGAAACGCUGGACUCCACACACGGCCCCUGCUGACACCGCACGACGCGCAGCCGAACGCCUUCCCUUUAACGCGCUGUCCGACAACACCCUCCGUUUCACUCCUGUAAUCAGUCUAAUAACAUGCAUGAAAGGUGCUAAAAUGUUUGAUUUCUUUUCCUUUUUCCUUUUGUUUUGCACAUGACUGUCCGGGGUUGGAGAUGUGAUUAAUGUUAGAAUGACAUUAUAACUCAUCUUUGAGGUACAUAAUGAACAGGCUUAGUUUUAAAAAAAUGAUUUCCUGUAAAUAAACCAACCAGUUAACAGCAUUAAAGGGGGACUUUGGCAUAGCUCUAUAAGGAGGUAUGUUGUAUAAUAUGUAUGUACAGUAUGAAUUAAGUCCACGGCUGAGAGUGAUGCUUCCAUAUGGAAAAAAGAAAAACUGCAGAAAACAGCAAAUGAAGUCCUGCUCUAACGGCUAAUAAAAACAGACCCUGAAGCAAACAGCC